UCGAGCAUCAUCUGUGUCAAGGAUCAGCUUGACAGCCUCACAUACUCUUCUUCUUUCGCACGCGACCUUUUCGCCUUCGCCUUCGCUUCUUUGCAAGACCUUUUUUGCGCAUCGACCACCUCUCUGCGCUUCAAAGCACACCAAUCGCACAGCAACCCUCGCCGACCAAAAGGUAGUACCCUACAAUGGCUCUCAAGAGGAUCAACAAGGAGCUUGCCGAUCUCGGCCGUGACCCUCCCACGUCUUGCAGCGCCGGUCCCACGGGUGACAACAUGUUCCAGUGGCAAGCGACGAUCAUGGGCCCGGGCGACUCUCCAUACUCUGGCGGCGUCUUCUUCCUGACCAUUACCUUCCCGACCGACUACCCCUUCAAGCCACCCAAGGUUGCUUUCUCGACCAAGAUCUACCACCCAAACAUCAACUCGAACGGUUCCAUCUGCCUCGACAUUCUUCGAGACCAAUGGAGCCCCGCUCUCACGAUCAGCAAGGUUCUCCUCUCAAUCUGCUCCAUGUUGACGGACCCCAACCCGGACGACCCACUGGUUCCGGAAAUUGCUAAUCUCUACAAGACGGACAGGCCACGCUACGAAAGCACGGCGCGAGAGUGGACGCGGAAGUACGCCAUGUGAGGACGACCAGUCUUUUUGCUAUCGGCGUUCGAGAUCAGGCGUACUAGACCAAGGCGGAGUGGGAAAACAAGGGAGAGAAGAGAUGUUCGAUAAGGGCGACGCCAGGCUACUGCUUUCCGAUUGGGGGCCAAGGUCUGAUAUAGAGGCUCUCAUGUCGAUGCUGCUCUCAUCAUCAGACAUCGCCUCUCACAUGCACAUUUUGUCUCAUCACCCAUUUCCCUUUCACCCCUUCCUUCACCAUCUUUAUCACCCAGUUUUUCCUCGUCUUUCUAUUUUCUCUCUCUUUUGCGCGCGCCUCUCUCUCAACUUCACGACUUGACCUGAUCGCAAAUACAACUUCAUGAACCACCUAUCUAGCAGAGUUGCAACGACAGCCUGCGAGUGCGCUCGUUAAGCGCUCCUUUUCGUUGCUGGUGGUUGCUGGUUGCCAAAUGGCGAACAGCCUGUCUCCGAUACGAAAGGAAACGGGAUGAGGGGGCGCAAGGGGG